GAGCAUAGUUACGUGUGUGUGUGCGUCUGCGGCGCCCGCAAAAUCGGCUCAAACUCUUUUACUUAAACUCGCUUAAACGCCUAAACUAACUAGGCACCGUGCAGUAACUACGUAACGUUAACUAAGUUAGUAACGAUAUAGUACCAGUAAAUAACUUACCUGUAGUUAAGUGGAGCAACAGCCGGAGCAUCCCAUUUUGAGCAUAUACGUGUGUGUGUGUGUGGACGCGACGCACCAAUAGCUGUAAUAAUGAGUAAAAACAGGAAAACAAGAGAGAAAAAAAAGGACAAGGCCGCCGAUAUCCCAAACUCCAAAUCUUCGGUGAACAGCAACGGUCCCCACAGGCUCCAAGCGGCUUUGGGACGUCCCCACCAAAAGUCCGACAGUCCCACAGAGACGGCGAGCAGUAGCAGCAGCAGCGGUUUCUCUUCCAGGGACAGCAGAGACCAACAUCGGCAGGAUACGGAUAAGUCGCAAACCAGCGCCAUUGCCAAGCGGGAUACCUUCGCAUCGCAGCAGCAGCAGCAGGCGGCCCUCUCGCAGGAGACUGUAGUGAAUCGCUCCAGACUGGCCAUUGAGGCAGCAACGAGGCGCUAUGGGGCGUCAGACUAUGCGCCACAUCCCACAGGGAUAGUGUUGCGACGCGUGGGCUACUACACGAUACCCUCGCUGGAUGAUCUCAAGUCCUACCUGGCCGAGGAUGGGUCCUGUGUGGUGCCCAAUUUCACCAUUGGACGCGAGGGCUAUGGCACUGUGUUCUUUGCCAUGGAAAUGGACGUGGCUGGACUGAAUCUGGAUGAGAUUGUUUACUUCCGUAACAAGGGGAUCAUCAUUUAUCCUGACGAUGAGAAGAGGCCGCCUAUCAACCAAGGCCUGAAUCGUGAGGCACAAGUCACCCUCGAGCAGGUAUGGCCCGUGGACAAGACCCAGCCUGUGCCUGUUGUGAAGGAUGCGCAGCGUCUGAUCGAAAUGAAUUGGGAGGGACAUCUGCGUUGCGCCUGCUAUGCAAACGAUACGCGCUUCGUCGAGUAUCGCCCAGAGACCGGCAGUUGGGUGUUUUGUGUGAAGCACUUCUCCAAGUACGGCCUGGACGAGGACGAUAACAAGAUGACGCUCCAUUCGUUGCGGCCCAGCGUGUAUCCGAUGAUAUGCGGCACAAGGUUCCGCGGCCAGUGACAUCCGCGCGCACGC